GAUGACAAAUGAAAAGGUCGACCGGCGAGCAGGCUCCGCCCCUGCCCUAUUAAUGCGGUCUACCUCCCUGACGGCUCAUUCUAAAAGGAUUUCUUCCCGUACCUGCGCAAGACCGGAAGUGAUGAUCUGCAACCAGAAUACAACCCGCAGUGAAGUCUGUGUUGUGUCCCGGUUCAACGUACGGAAACUGAUGGAGGGUUUGAUUCCCUGCUUCAGGAACCCCCCCGAUCCCACCAUCAUGCGGAAAGUUGUGUUUUUCACGCUAAUACUUUUUUGCAUUGACUCCACAUUCGCAGUGUCGCACUCCCUGCAGUAUGUGUACAGUGGCACGUCAGAGAUACCGAACCUCCCAGAGUUCGUAGUUAUAGGGCUGGUGGACGGGGAGCCCUUUGUUCACUAUGACAGCAACAGCCACAAAAUGACUCCUCGUCAAGAAUGGAUGGCAAGGUCUGAGGGGCCUGAUUACUGGAACAAAGAAAGUCAGAAUCUUCAUGGUGAAGAGUCGCUGUUCAAAAACAACGUAGAUGUGGCAAAAAAGCCACAGUUAUGGAAAAUGAAAAAUUGUGAAAAAAGUUCUGUGGAAAAUAAAUGGGUUGUACUGAAUUUUUACAUGCACAAUAAAAUAACCGAAUCAUAUUUUGAAGUUGCCAGUGUCCACACAUUUCAGCGGAUGUACAGCUGUGACUGGGAUGAUGAAACUGGGGCCACAGGUGCUCAUGAACAAUUUGGCUAUGAUGGGAGUGACUUCUUAGCACUGGACUUAAAAACCAUGACUUAUGUGGCUCCAGUGAUGCAGGCGAUUCCCACUAAACAGAAGUGGGACAGAGACAAUACUAGGAAAGAUAGAUAUAAAAGGUACUUUACCCAGGAAUGCAUUGACUGGCUGAAGAAGUAUGUGAGCUACGGGAAGAGCACACUGGAGAGGACAGUCCGCCCUGAGGUGUCUCUGCUGCAGAAGGACCCCUCCUCUCCUGUCAUCUGCCACGCAACCGGCUUCUUCCCCAAAGGGAUCGUGGUGACCUGGAGGAAAGAUGGAGUGGACAUGCACAGCGAUGUGGAGGUGGGGGAGACCCUGCCAAACGGGGACGGAACAUUCCAGAUCACAUCGAAACUCAUGGUGAAGCCUGAGGACUGGAAGAGGAACAGCUACAGCUGUGUUGUGCAGCACUCACAGAAAGAUCUUCCUGUGCUGCUGGAGGAGAAGAACAUAAGGACCAAUCAGGGAGGCCUUCCCUGGGGCAUCAUCAUCGGCUGUGUGGCUGCUGCUCUGGCUCUCGUUGCUGUUGUCGUUGGGGUCGUGUUGUGGAGGAGGAGCAGGACAGGCUAUGGGAAAGCCGGCACAUCUUAUACUGAUUCUGAGAACUCCAGCCAACAGCAACCAAAAGUUCACCCUCCAUGAUGUCAUAGUUCUUCUCCUUCUCUGCCAGAAGACGACAGACAAGAUGAGAUGAUUAUGCCAACUGGCUGCAUCAUCCAUCCAUCCUUUUAAGUUCCCGCUUGUCCUGUGCGGGAUUGUCGGGGUCCAGAGUCUGUCCCGGAAGUUACAGGCACAAGGCAGGAAAUAACCCAGAAUGGGGCGCCGACCCAUCGCAGAACCUGAUUCACACACAACACAAUAUUCUUUAAUAAGUUUGUAGUAGCUUUACAAUCGCAGCAGUUAUGAGACUCAAAUUACAGAGAGCAGAACAAAUUUAAUCCAUUUCAGAAAACUAAUCACUGACUGACAGUCAGGAAGGAUCAUUAAUGCAGGUUUUUUUCUCUCUCUGUAACUUUACUGUAUUAGCAGUUAAAGCUCCGCUGUCUUAUAGCUGCUCUGCUCUGUCACUGUGCAGCACUGUAGUCUGUUUUUAUCAUGAUCCGUCUCUUUAAAUGCCGCACAGCCUGCUGAUGAGGACGCCUGUGUGACCCUGUGUGUGAGAUGCACUGAUCACUGACUUACAGUAACGAGCACCAAGGAUAAA